AUGAAUGAAGAAUUUGAAUUUAUCACAAACUUAGCAUUAGAUAAUGAUUAUCCAUUAAGAUUCAUUCAAAGUCGAAUUAGGAAGACACUCAAUAAAUAUCUAGAAAGAUCUAAUACACCUAGAAAUCCAACAUCUAAAUCAGCAAAAUUAGACGAUACAUACUCAAAAAGUCAGCAACUCCUCAUUGACUUACCUUAUAUUGGUAAUGAAACUAAAAUUCUAGCGAAGAAACUUGCACAAUUGGCUCAGACUACUCGACCUGGUCUACACAUACAGCCAAUUCCUCGUCCAUCUCGUGCACCAGAAACGUUUUUUCCACAGAAAGAUAAAAUUCUGAAAGAUUACCAAUCCAAUAUUGUUUACAUGAUAUCAUGUUCUGAAUGUGACGUUAGUUAUGUAGGAAAAACCGUUCGAGAAGCAUUCAAGAGACACCAAGAACAUGGAGCACCACAACAGAUUAAAUCCUCUCCUUGUACUAGAACGGACGUCCAUACACCACCAGAUCAACACUUAAGCAGAUCCGAUCGUAAUAAAGGAAAACCAAAAAUUAAUUAUUGUGCAAAACAUGAUAUAUCUUAG